UAGAAAUUUUAUAUAAUUUACAUUUUACAAAAUGAAUGAUGAUGACGAAGAUGAAUUCGUGCUGCGCCCCUUUGAACAGGGUCAUUGGGAGUGGAGUGAGGAUGCUAAACAAUUGGUCUUUAUGAGAGAGGUGACAACAAUAGACGUCGAUGUACAUGAAGUACAACCGCAGAGUAUUCGGAAAAUGGAAUUUAAAUACGAAGUAGAUUUGUUGGAAGAGCAAAGGUUUAAAAAACACUUUCAAAGACAAAUCGUCGAAGAUGAUGUUGUACGUCUACAGGAUAUUAAAGAUAUUGUUCUUUUUUGCGCACCAAAACCAAUAAUAACCCGCGACAUUGUAAAUGUGCUACACAUGCACAUCAUAGACAGAUUUCUACGAGCCUUAAUAUUUUAUUGCCAGUAUUAUUUACAGGUCGCUUCAAUAAUGGCAGAUAGAAUUUUGGACUUGCAAAAUAAAAUUAGAACAAGAUUAGGUAAAAAAAUCGAAGAGAGAUAUGAGGAAAAUCUUAGAGACGUUCGCUUGUUACUGGCAAAGGAGUACUGUUCAAUGAUUCAAGGUACGGGAGAAUAUCUCAAAUAUCAUCAUAAUAAACUUGGGACCGCAAAAUCUUUGUCAAAAAGAGAUAGUGUAAUUUUCGAAUCCAUUUUACGUAUAAGCACUCAUAUUGCUUGGGUGGCUCUCGGAAGAAAAUCUUUUCAACAAAUUGAACUAGAGAUACAAAGAGUAUUCAAAUCGAAUACAUUCAACGUUGUAAAGCACUUUCUGAAAACUGACUUCGAGAAGGAUAUGUCUGUGGCGGAGCACUCCGUGUUGUACGGCACUUGCGAGCACAAGGAGCAAAUUCUAGGCAUACACUCGCCUUUGCUAAGCGAAAUCACCUGCGAUAAAAACGCUAUAAACUAUCGAUUAUUUGGACUAGGCGAUUUUGAAUACGCCCAUUUAACUUCACGACUUCUGUACUUCAAAAAUAUAUUGGUGACUCCUGAACCGCAACUAGAAAAGGUGGGGCUAUCCAUAGGUAUCAUAGGUUUGCCGCGAGAUCGCUUCGACACGAUGCUGCGCGAGGUCAAGAAACAGGGUGCCAGUACUUCGUCUGCAAGCUUGCGAAAAACUGCUUCACGAAUGUCUUCAAGUCGAUCCUCGGCAGGAAAGAGUACAAAAGGUGCUUUUCUCAAUUUACCGCUAUAUCCCGAUAUAAUUCUUCCUGAGUCUCGAUCUGAUCGCAGCGAGGAUCUGGCAGACUCAUUUCCUGGUAAACCUACCACAAUCAAAUACAAGAAGAACGAACAGCGCUUAAAAUGGCUACGAUAUGCAGAACCAUCGAGAAGGAAGAGACUACAAAGUUUCAAGAAUAUAUAA